CAUCCCCGAAAGUGCGAUGCAUUCUGUUCUCCAUCCUCUCUUCAUUCUCUUCCUGGACUUCGAACCCUAAAAAUUCUCCCCAAAAUCAAGCUUGCCCUUUACCAUAAUGGUGCCCGACCAUUUCCGCGCAUAAACUCCCCUACUUUGCCGGCGACUUCCAUCCACUGCUCGUCUAUUUUCCCUGCGUUGCGGUCGGCUUCUUUGCAUCGACUGGAAUCCUAUAAUCUGUCCCUCUGCUCGUUACCUGUUGUUGUUCGAUUCUCUCUGUCGGUUAGCUGCUCCAUCUCGCGAGUUCAAGAGUUUAGGAUUUCAAGUCACCAAUUUGGUCAGAGGGGGCAAGGCUGUCAAAGGUACCAGAUUGCUAAUUAGAGGUUUUCCCCAUUUCCUUUCACUUUAACCUUUACUUAUUCGAUAAUUGGAGUCUAACAAGAUUGUUAUACUAGGAUGGACAAGUCUUGGAUGAGAAAGAAGAAAUUUAGCGUAGAUUACAUUGAAGGUGUUAGAUCUUUCAUAAGUUUUGUAGAGGAACAUAUUGGUCAUGACAAUGAUAUUUAUUGCCCCUGCAAAAGUUGUUUAAACGUUUAUAAGGAACCCAUUCAAGGAGUUUUUGCCCACUUGAUGAUUAAUGGAAUUGACCAUGGAUAUACAACUUGGGUAUAUCAUGGGGAGUCAUCCAAUUCUAAUAUGGAUAACACUAGUGAUAUUGGUGUUGAUAACCCGAUGGAAGGUUAUGAAGAUUUUGAUGAGGAGCUUUUUGACUUGUUGGAUGAACAUCAAAAUUUCAUCUAUAGUGAAGCAACCAAUGGAGGUAACUUUACUAAUAAGGGUUAUGAAGAGUAUGCAGACAUGUUGGGUACGACUCAGGAGGAGUUAUAUCCUAAUUGUACGAAGUAUUCCAAAUUUUCAUUUAUAGUGAAGAUGCUUCACUUAAAAGUGUACAACAAGUGGAGUAAUAAGUCGUUCGACAUGCUGUUGAAGUUAUUACAAGAUGUUUUACCUGAAGACAACUUAGUUCCUAAAUCAUUUUAUGAGGCAAAGAGUAUGUUGCGCAGUCUAGGUUUGGGAUAUAUUCCCAUACAUGCAUGUCGGUAUGAUUGUGCCUUAUAUUGGAAGGAGAAUGAAUUUCUUGAAGCUUGCCCAGUGUGCUCAACGUCUAGGUGGAAAAUAGAUGACGGGAAAGGGAAAAAAAUUCCAUGGAAGUUGUUGCGAUACUUUCCGUUGAAACCAAGGCUUCGUAGGCUAUAUAUGUCAUCUAAGACGGCGGCUGAAAUGAGAUGGCAUAAGGAUAAAUGUAAUGAUGAUGAUGGUUGGUUAAGACAUCCUGCAGACUCAAAGGAAUGGAAAGAUUUUGAUCUUCAGUUCCCCUCGUUUGCGGAGGAUGCUCGUAAUAUAAGACUUGGUCUUGCUAGCGAUGGCUUUAAUCCUUUUGGAAAUAUGAGCAAUUCAUAUAGCAUGUGGCCGGUUGUUCUCACUCCAUAUAAUCUUCCUCCUUGGAUGUGUAUGAAGGAGCCUUACUUAUUCUUAACUUUGCUUAUUCCUGGACCUACCGCACCAGGAAAAGAUAUAGACAUUUACAUGCAGCCUCUAAUUGAUGAGUUGAAAGAGUUAUGGUCGGAUGGUAUACAAACAUUUGAUACUCAUUCGAAAAGUAACUUUCAACUUCAUGCUGCAGUAUUAUGGACUAUCAAUGACUUUCCUGCAUAUGGUAAUUUGUCUGGGUGGAGUACAAAAGGAUAUCUCGCAUGUCCUGUUUGUAAUAAGGAUGGACUUGGACAAAAAUUAAAAAGCAAAAUAGGAUAUUUGGGGCAUCGUCGCUUUCUACCAAUUCGGCAUAGAUGGAGAAAAGAUAAGAAGUUCAAUGGAAAGCGUGAAUUGAGGGGACCUCCUUCUUUCUUACUAGGUGAUGAUGUGAUGGAACAGUUAAGGCAUGUGACAGAGAGACUUCCUGGGAAACACCCAAAAAUUGUUAACAAAAGGAAGCGCCCGUCUGAUGACUUGAAUUGGGUGAAACAAAGUAUUUUUUUUACUCUUCCUUACUGGGAAAAGUUAAAAUUGAGGCAUAAUUUAGAUGUCAUGCAUAUUGAGAAGAACAUUUGCGACAAUGUGGUUGGGACUUUGUUAAAUAUGCCGGGUAAAACAAAAGACACUGUUAAGGCUAGACAAGAUUUACAAGAGAUGAACAUAAGGGAUGAGUUGCAUCUUCAAGGAAGAAGUGACGGAAAAUAUGAAAUGCCUAUUGCUUGCUACACCAUGACAAAGGAAGAACGAAGAGAUUUUUGUCAGUUCUUAAGGGAAGUCAAAUUCCCUGAUGGUUAUGCUUCUAACAUCUCUAGAUGUGCAAAUGUUAGUGAAGGAAAACUAACAGGGUUAAAAAGUCACGACUGUCAUGUCUUGCUCCAAAGAUUGUUGCCAGUUGGUGUUCGGGGAAGCAUGGAUGAACGUGUUUCAAGUGUGUUAGCUGAGCUAGGUGAUUUCUUCCAUCGGUUGUGUUGCAAGACUCUAAGAGAAGAAGCAGUUAGUGCGUUAGAAGCUGACAUCAUCACCAUUUUGUGCAAGCUGGAAAUGAUUUAUCCCCCAGCAUUUUUUGAUGUAAUGGUGCAUUUGGCGGUCCACCUACCACAUGAACUAAAGAUUGGGGGUCCAGUUCAAUAUCGAUGGAUGUAUCCCAUCGAAAGGUAUCUAAACACUUUAAAAGGAUUUGUUCGAAAUAGAGCUCAUCCUGAAGGGUCUAUCGCUGAGGCAUAUCUUGUCGAUGAGUGUUUGACAUUUUGCUCGAUGUAUCUCGAUGGAAUUGAGACUCAAUUCAAUGCACUUGAGAGAAACUUUGAUAUUGAAGUAGAUGGCAAAUUAUCAGUUUUCUCAAGUAAGCUACGACCUCUUGGUCAUGGAAAACCUGUCACAAUGUCUGUGGAGGAUUUGGAUAUGGUGCAUUGGUAUGUGCUUAGCAAUUGCGAAGAGGUUCUACCCUACUUAGAGGAACAUUUGGACUCAAUUGAUGGUGUUGAUCCUACAAGAAAGCAAGAAAUACAUCGAACUCAAUUUUCAAGUUGGUUUAAAAAGAGGAUAACAAAUGCAUUGUGUUCCAACCGAGAUGAUGAAAAAAUGUUGGCAUUGCAUGCACUAUCUUGCCGCCCUUCAAAUGGUGUUGUGAAGUAUACGGGCUGCAUUAUCAAUGGGGUUAGGUUUCACACGAGGGAGCGAGAGAGUCGUCUUAAGACGCAAAAUAGUGGCAUAGUUGUGGAGGGGAACCAUCUUGAUGAAGUUAUUGACUUCUACGGGGUUCUUGUGGAUAUUGUUCGGCUUGAUUAUGUUAGAGAUAAACAAGUUAUCCUCUUCAAAUGUGAAUGGUUUGAUGUGGAUAGGAGAAAGUCAAGGAUUAUGAAAGAUGGUGCAAUUACAAGUAUUAAAGUGGAUCGCCUAUGGUAUUCGAGUGAUCCUUACAUUUUAGCUACUCAAGCUAAACAAAUAUUUUACAUCAAUGAUCCGAAGCUGGGGUCAAAUUGGCGGGUUGUCCAACGAUUGAACCAUCGUCACAUAUUUAGUGGAGACAUUGAGAGUGUUGAUAUUUUGGACGAUGAUGAUAUAGUAAACGACGAUGUUGCAUAUCAAGAUGAUGAGCUAACAGAUGAAGCUUCUACAGUUGUGAAUGCUGAUGGUGAUGUUGAAAGAUCAUUGCAUAGAGCGGGUGUUGUAGCUGAGGUCAUUGAUCAGGUGGUUGUGGAAGGAAACAAGAGAGAUGAAUUGGAUCAAGGGGUUGAGGAAGAUCAAGAUUCUGACAAUUCAAGUGAUGAUGCAGUUCAGUUCGCAGUCUUGCAUCAAGGGGUUGAAGAAGAGCAAUAUUCUAACCAGUCAAAUGAGGAAGCAGAGAUGGACUCGGUGUCACAUAGCUCUAAAGAUGGAGAUUGAAUAUUAACAGAAAAAUUUAUGAACAAAUUGCUGCUGUAGACGUUGGACAUUGUUGUCUUCAAUUUUACGUUGACUAGUAUUUAUGAUAAUGACCUGCUAGGGUUUUAUACUCUUAAUUUUUGUGUCCCAGAGUCCAUGCAACUUAGUAUGGUUGAUUAUUUUUAAAAUUAUCUUAAUAUCUCUUGGUUAUACUACUUAUGACAUAUUUCCCAUGUUCAGGACAACCAAUGGCACCUUGUUUGUCCAAAGCAAAGAAUGGGCAGCAGGCAACUAUGGGCAAUCUUUUCAAGUCCAACUCUGUAUCAAAUGCCCCAGUACCACCAAAAAAGACUACAACUUCUUCAAGUUCAAUCCAAGGUCAACCAAUGAAACCUUGUUUGUCCAAAACAAAGAAUGGGCAGCAGGCAACUAUGGGAAAUGUUUUGAAGCCCAACUCUGUAUCAAAUGCCCCACAACCACCAAAACAUACUAUGACUUCUUCAAGUUCAAUCCAAGGUCAACCAAUGACACCUUGUUUGUCCAAAGCAAAAAAUGGACAGCAGGUAACUGUGGGCAAUGUUGUCAAGCCCAGCUCUAUAUCAAAUGCUCCACAACCACCAAAACAGACUACAUCUUCUCCAAGUUUGGUCCAAGCAAGACUAAAGGGGACAUGUGGUACUUUCCAUAAUAGUGGAAACCCAACAUCUCGCCAUCAGAGACUACUGCAGUCUUGCAUUAACAUGCAGGAGGAGGUGGUUGUUGCAAGUGAAGAACAACCAUCGAUGGGACCAACAAGUACGAUGCCUACUUCGUCUAGUGCUCCUAGCCAUGCUGAAGCAUCAAAUACAAAUAUCUCUGAACCUUCUGAGGAAGCCUUUGAAGAACAAAUCCAUCAAGGAACUAAUGCAAGUGACGAGGUUACUCAAAAGAAGCAAGGUAGAGGACCCACACGAGGGGUUAGUCUGCAUAAGCGAACUGAAAAGGCUGGAAAGAAACCAGAAGUCCAGAUCGAUGCAUUCUUAGGUCGACCACUGAUAAGGAAACAAAGUAAUGAUUUGGCCAGCUCACUGGGCCUAAUUGCUCAUUUGUAUUACUGGCCCAUUGAAAAGAAAGACAAGGCUAAUCUUUUGGAAGAGGUCAUAUUGAAGUUACAGCUGAAAUUGGAUAUGGGAAAUAUAAGAGAUAACCCAGUGGAGAUGGAAAAGCUUUGGGGCCACUUUCUGAAAAGUGUUAGGGAAAGAAGGAGCAGAACAAAGGCUGACUACUAUACUGUCAAUAAGCAAAUGGCUAGACAAAACAAACCUAGUUAUUUAAGUGCUGAUAUAUGGAAAAACUUGUGUGAUCAUUGGGACUCCGAGAAAGUGCAGGAAAUUGCUGUUACGAAUGCGGAAAAUCGAACUCAUGUGCAAAAUCUGAACACUCAAGGAAGUGCAGCCUAUGUUUGCAUGUUUCAAGAGAAGAAAGCACAACAAGAGAGUGGUGAGUUGUCGAAGAUGGAAUUCUUCAAGUGGCAGGAUACCAAGGGCACUGAAGAAUGGAGAAACCCAAAUAAAAAAGAACAAUACGAAAAAAUGCUGGAACUUGUGGAGACUACUCGAGAUAGUGAGAAUCCCAUAUCUCCCGAUGAGGCUUUUCAUAAAAUUUUGGGUUACAGCUCGGGGUACUGUCAUGGUCUUGGUUAUGGUCAAGCACCCCCAUCUAGAAAAAGAGAUCGUGUAGAGGUUGAUUAUGCACAACUAUUUGAGGACAAAAAACAGCUACAAGAUCGGUGUGCAAAUCUCGAGGAUCUUGUGUCUCAACUGAAUGAAAAACAAGCCGACUCAGAUCAACAACUUGCAAUUACUAAGGAAAAGUUGGCCAGUACAGGAGAACAACUAGAAGAGUUUAGGAGUGUCAUUGCCAUCCUUAAGGGUAAAGGCAUCGUUUAGCUAAACUGAUUAUCGUACAUGUGUUUAGUAUUUUGGGUGCACAAUAGCUUAAGGAGAAAGGCUUAGCUAACCUAACCUAGAAUUUUGGUUAUCAACUAGCAUUGACAUUUUGGCCAUGGACAAUGAUAUUGAUUUGUGAGCAUGAACCAGUAGUGCUUCAUUGAUGUUAUGAUAUGCACAGUAAUAUGUAUUUAGAGCUACUCAUCAUACUGUCAAUGUUUAUGUUUUAUUGGUGAAUGAGAUGCAAACUAGCUAGUAGUAGGUGAUGUAUGAAUCUGUGUUGGAGUGCCAUAUUUGGGCAAGUAUAUAUAUAUAUAUAGUGUACUAUGAAAGAAUGACUUGAAUGGUGCUUAUUUUACACAGCAGAGUCCUUUAUUGUGCUCUAUAAGUAAAACUGAAGCAGGAAAUAAUUCAGGAA